UAAUACGCGUUAAUGUGCCGGUCGCCGCGCCAACAGCUCGUCCCCCGGAACAGACGCGCGAGCGCACGCACGCCAAGUACUCGCCGUUCCGCGUGUGUUUUGCAGUGUGUUCUGUUUUUCUGUUCUGUCGACAGUCGACUCGAGAGAGCAGCGUCGCCGAGUCCGUGCGUGCCUUAUUGUGCCUCGUCUCAGCCGUCUGCCAGCUCCGCCUCCCCCCAGUGCGCGAGGAGAGAGAAAGGUGCUCUCUCUCUCUCUCUCUCUAUCUCUCCGCGGGCCUACGUUUAUCUGCAGCAGCAGCAGCAACAGUCGCGCGGCCGCUCGAGCUGGAGAAAGAGAAAGAGAGAGAGAGAGAGCGGCGUCUCUUCCUUCCUUGCUAAUUCCUUCCUGAUUCGUUAAGUAGUGCAGGAUACGACUUUGUGGAAAACAGGCCCGCACCGCCCGCAGUGCGUCGAGUGUGGCAAAGUGUCGCCGCGUAUGCUCCGGGAUAAGUGGUGCGAGCAGCUACGUCAGCUACGUGUGCUGGCAUCGGCAGCAUGUGUAUGUGAGUGCAGCAGCCGCGCUCCGAUGGAGUUCACGGACGUGUGAGCUGCCGGGCGGACGAGGAGAGAACGAGCAGCGGAGAAGAACCUUCUCGUCGUCGACUCGCUCCAAGGUAGCGAGCCGACAACCGCGACUUGAGAGAUGGUCAUCGUAACUCGGGGCGAUUACAUAUGGAUAGAACCCAUCUCAGGCAAGGAGUUCGAUGUAGCCAUCGGCGCUCGAGUGGUGUCAGCCGAGGGAAGGCGGAUUCAAGUCAAAGACGACGACAACAAGGAGCAAUGGCUGACCCCGGAGAGGAGGAUCAAGGCGAUGCACGCGACGUCGGUGCAGGGCGUCGAGGACAUGAUCAGCCUGGGCGACCUCCACGAGGCCGGCAUCCUCCGGAACCUGCUCAUCCGCUACAACGAGCACCUCAUCUACACGUACACCGGCUCGAUCCUGGUCGCCGUCAACCCCUACCAGAUCCUGCCGAUCUACACGGCCGAGCAGAUCAAGCUGUACAAGGACCGGAAGAUCGGCGAACUGCCGCCCCACAUAUUCGCCAUCGGCGACAACAGCUAUGCCCACAUGAAUCGCUACGGGCAGGAUCAGUGCAUCGUCAUCAGCGGUGAAAGCGGGGCGGGCAAGACGGAGAGCACCAAGCUGAUUCUGCAGUAUUUGGCGGCGAUAAGCGGCAAGCAUUCGUGGAUCGAGCAGCAGAUUUUGGAGGCGAACCCCAUCCUCGAAGCCUUUGGAAAUGCCAAAACUGUGAGGAACGACAACUCGUCCAGGUUCGGAAAGUACAUCGACAUCCAUUUCAAUGACCAGGGAGUGAUAGAGGGGGCGAAGAUCGAACAGUACCUUCUGGAGAAGUCUCGAAUCGUUUCGCAGAGCCUGGAUGAGCGAAACUACCACGUUUUUUACUGCAUGCUAGCGGGUCUCUCGAAGGAGGAAAAACAGAAACUCGAGCUGGAGGACGCCUCGACGUACAAGUAUUUGACAGGAGGUGGAAGCAUCACGUGCGAGGGCAGGGACGAUGCCGCCGAAUUCGCCGACAUUCGAUCUGCCAUGAAGGUUCUGCUCUUCACCGACAGCGAAAUAUGGGAGAUCCUCAAGCUGCUCGCAGCAGUGCUGCACAUGGGCAAUGUCAAGUACAAGGCCACGGUGAUCGACAAUCUCGAUGCAACGGAAAUACCGGAGCAGACGAACGUCAAGCGAGUCGCCCAACUGCUCGGCGUGCCAGUCCAAUCGCUCAUCGAUGCCCUUACGCGCCGGACGAUAUUUGCCAGCGGCGAGACUGUCGUGUCAACGUUAUCGAGGGACCAGUCAGUAGAUAUUAGAGACGCGUUCGUCAAAGGCAUUUACGGAAGACUGUUUAUCCACAUAGUCAAGAAAAUUAACGAAGCCAUAUUCCGGCCGAAGCACAAAUCCCGCAGUGCGAUCGGAGUGCUCGACAUUUUUGGCUUUGAGAACUUCAAUCACAACAGCUUCGAGCAGUUCUGCAUCAACUACGCCAACGAGAAUCUGCAGCAGUUCUUCGUACAGCACAUUUUCAAAUUGGAGCAGGAGGAGUACAAUCACGAGGGAAUCAAUUGGCAGCACAUAGAAUUCGUCGACAAUCAGGAUGCCUUGGACCUGAUUGCCAUCAAACAGUUGAACAUCAUGGCUCUGAUUGACGAAGAGUCGAAAUUUCCCAAGGGCACGGAUCAGACGAUGCUCGCGAAAAUUCACAAAACGCACGGAGCACAUCGCAACUACCUGAAGCCAAAGUCUGAUAUUAAUACCUCAUUCGGUUUGAAUCACUUCGCUGGCGUUGUCUUCUAUGAUACUCGAAGUUUUCUCGAAAAGAAUAGGGAUACCUUUAGCGCCGAUCUCUUGCAGUUGAUUCACAUUUCGUCCAACAAAUUCCUGCAAACUUGCUUCGUCGAAGACAUAGGCAUGGGAUCGGAGACUAGAAAGCGAGCACCAACUCUCUCGACUCAAUUUAAAAAGUCUUUGGAUUCCUUGAUGAAAACCUUGGCCAACUGUCAGCCGUUCUUCAUUAGGUGUAUAAAGCCCAACGAAUACAAAAAACCAAUGAUGUUUGAUAGAGGCUUGUGCUGUCGACAAUUGAGGUACUCUGGUAUGAUGGAAACCAUAAGGAUAAGAAGAGCGGGAUAUCCGAUUCGUCAUUCUUUUUCCGAAUUCGUUGAACGAUAUCGGUUUCUCAUUCCCGGUAUAGCUCCUGCACAUAAGACUGACUGUCGAUAUGCAACGACGAAGAUAUGCCAUGUGGUGCUAGGCAGAUCAGACUACCAGCUCGGCCACACCAAAGUAUUCUUGAAGGACGCACACGACCUGUUUCUCGAACAGGAGCGCGAUCGUGUUCUCACCCGCAAGAUCCUGAUUUUACAAAAGAACAUUCGAGGAUGGGUAUACAGGAGACGCUUCCUGCGCAUGCGAGCUGCUGCAAUUCAAAUUCAGAAGUACUGGCGUGGAUAUGCGCAACGGCAGCGUUAUAAACGCAUGAGAAUCGGUUACAUGCGGCUGCAAGCGCUUAUCAGGUCAAGGGUACUUUCACACAGGUUUAGGCAUCUGAGAGGGCACAUCGUGGCUCUACAGGCUAGGGCAAGAGGACAUUUGGUAAGAAGAGCAUACCGAAAGAAGAUGUGGGCGAUCGUAAAGAUACAGGCGCAUGUCAGGCGAAUGAUCGCACAAAGAAGGUACAAAAAGCUGAAGUACGAGUAUAGACUGCAUAUAGAAGCUCUAAGAUUGAGGAAAAAGGAGGAAAGAGAACUGAAGGAUCAGGGUAAUAAGCGGGCCAAAGAAAUAGCCGAUCAACAUUUUAGGGAACGAAUGCAAGAACUAGAGAGAAAGGAAUAUGAAAUGGAAAUGGAAGAUCGAAGAAGAAUGGAGAUAAAGAAAAAUCUCAUUAACGAUGCGGCGAAAAAACAGGAUGAACCCGUUGACGAUAGCAAACUAGUCGAAGCAAUGUUUGAUUUCUUACCAGAUUCCAGUAGUGAAGCACCGACUCCUGCUAGAGAAACGUCGGUCUUUAACGAUCUUCCUGCGCCCAAAGCUGACCAGCAAGAAAUUAUUAGCCCAGUACAGACGGCAUCGGAAGAUGAAGAAGAUCUAUCCGAGUUCAAAUUCCAGAAGUUUGCUGCGACUUAUUUCCAAGGAAACAUUACCCAUCAUUAUUCGAGAAAGCCCCUAAAACACCCGCUGUUACCUCUGCAUACUCAAGGAGAUCAACUGGCAGCGCAAGCAUUAUGGAUAACGAUAUUAAGAUUCACCGGAGAUUUGCCAGAGCCUCGGUUUCACACUAUGGACCGAGAUAACACCUCAGUUAUGUCCAAGGUAACAGCCACGCUUGGCAGAAAUUUCAUACGGAGUAAAGAAUUUCAAGAAGCUCAGAUGAUGGGGGUCGAUCCUGAUUCGUUUCUCAAACAAAAGCCUCGAUCGAUUCGACACAAACUUGUCUCCCUCACUUUGAAACGCAAGAAUAAACUGGGCGAGGACGUUCGAAGACGACUACAAGAAGACGAGUACACAGCUGACAGCUAUCAAUCGUGGUUGGAGGCUCGACCAACAUCGAAUCUCGAAAAGCUCCAUUUCAUAAUCGGUCACGGUAUUCUUCGUGCCGAACUCCGAGACGAAAUUUAUUGUCAGAUCUGCAAGCAACUCACGAACAAUCCAUCGAAAUCUUCGCACGCCCGUGGUUGGAUUCUAUUGUCCCUGUGCGUAGGUUGCUUCGCUCCUUCCGAAAAGUUUGUCAAUUAUCUACGAGCUUUCAUCCGCGAAGGACCUCCAGGGUACGCUCCCUACUGUGAGGAUCGGCUGAAGCGAACCUUCAACAACGGCACGCGUAACCAACCCCCUAGUUGGCUAGAACUGCAAGCCACGAAAUCCAAAAAGCCCAUAAUGUUACCGAUCACCUUCAUGGAUGGCAACACUAAGACUCUCCUCGCUGACUCCGCCACGACUGCUCGAGAACUCUGCAAUCAACUCUCCGACAAAAUAUCUCUGCGGGACCAGUUUGGCUUCUCGCUGUACAUUGCACUCUUUGAUAAGGUCUCGUCACUGGGCAGCGGUGGCGACCACGUCAUGGACGCGAUCUCUCAGUGCGAACAGUACGCGAAGGAGCAGGGCGCGCAAGAGCGGAACGCGCCUUGGCGGCUCUUCUUCCGAAAGGAAAUAUUUGCGCCAUGGCACGAACCCACCGAGGAUCAGGUAGCGACCAACCUAAUUUACCAGCAGGUAGUGAGGGGUGUCAAGUUUGGAGAGUAUAGGUGCGAUAAAGAAGAAGACUUGGCUAUGAUCGCUGCGCAGCAAUACUAUAUCGAGUAUCAUGCGGACAUGAACGUGGAGAGGUUGUUCACGCUACUACCAAACUAUAUUCCAGAUUACUGUCUGACGGACGUAGAUAAGGCUAUCGAGAGGUGGGGACAUCUCGUCCUGCAAGCUUAUAAAAAGAGUUACUAUUUAAAAGAAAAAGUACCUGCACUAAGAGUCAAGGAAGAUAUAGUUGGUUAUGCGAAGUUCAAGUGGCCGUUGCUCUUUUCUCGCUUCUACGAGGCAUACAGGAAUUCCGGGCCAAAUCUCCCUAAAAACGACGUUAUCAUCGCUGUCAAUUGGACAGGUGUGUACGUCGUCGAUGAUCAGGAGCAAGUGCUGCUAGAGUUGUCCUUCCCCGAAAUUACCACCGUAUCUAGUCAAAAAACAAACAAGAUGUUCACUCAAACAUUCAGUUUAUCGACAGUACGCGGCGAAGAGUUCACUUUUCAAAGUCCGAGCGCUGAAGAUAUACGCGACCUUGUUGUGUACUUCCUCGAGGGCUUGAAGAAACGCAGCAAGUAUGCUAUCGCUCUGCAAGAUUACAAGGGAAACAGCGAGAGCUCGUCUUUCCUGACGUUCCAAAAAGGCGACUUGAUUACGUUAGAAGAUGAUAACGGCGAUGAAAACGUUUAUAACUCAGGUUGGUGCGUGGGUGUGUGCGAGAGGACGGGAGAGAAGGGCCACUUCCCUGCCGAGACUGUUUACGUGCUGCCUACGUUAUCGAAACCUCCAAACGACAUUUUGUCGCUGUUUAGUGUUAACGGUACUGAAAACGGUCGAAGACUCUACCCGCAGCAAAUGAAUGGUAUCGAAACUCGAGAUAAGCCGCAUACAUUGAUGGAAUACGCAAUUGACCAUUUUCGUCCACCUCCCAAAAAGACGAUGUCAAAAGCACUGACUCUGUCAACAGCGCGAAGAUAUCCCGACGAUCUGUGGCGUCACUCUCGCGAACCCAUAAAGCUACCGUUACUUCGCAAGUUAAUCGCCAAAGACGAAUUAGCAGAAGAGGCCGUUUUUGCUUUUAACGCAAUCCUCAAGUACAUGGGAGAUCUACCAACUAAAAGGCCACGCAUUGGUAAUGAAUACACGGAUUUAAUCUUUGACGGUCCUCUCAAGAACGAAAUUCUUCGCGACGAGAUCUACUGUCAAAUAAUGAAACAACUAACGGACAAUCGUAAUCGACUCAGUGAAGAGCGAGGCUGGGAGCUCAUGUGGUUGGCAACAGGUCUUUUUACGUGCAGCCAAAGUCUUCUGAAAGAACUUACAUUAUUUUUACGAACUCGCCGACAUCGUAUAUCACAGGAUUCGUUACAAAGGCUACAAAAAACUUUGCGAAACGGACAACGAAAGUAUCCACCGCAUCAAGUUGAAGUCGAGGCGAUCCAGCACAAAACUACACAAAUCUUCCACAAAGUUUACUUCCCGGAUGAUACCGACGAAGCGUUCGAGGUUGAUUCAUCGACCAGAGCUAAAGAUUUCUGCCAGAAUAUAGCACAGCGUUUGAAUUUGAGGUCAUCCGAAGGCUUUAGCUUAUUUGUAAAAAUUGCAGACAAAGUUAUUUCUGUUCCUGAAGGGGACUUUUUCUUCGACUUUGUUCGCCAUUUGACUGAUUGGAUGAGAAAAGCACAUCCCACGAGAGAUGGUCUUUCUCCGCAAUUCACAUAUCAAGUAUUCUUUAUGAAAAAAUUAUGGACGAACACCGUACCCGGCAAAGACAGAAACGCUGAUUUAAUAUUCCAUUUCCAUCAAGAACUUCCGAAACUACUGAGAGGAUACCACAAGUGCACAAAAGAGGAAGCUUCCAGAUUAGCGGCGUUAGUUUACAGAGUCCGAUUCGGAGAAAGCAAGCAGGAACUUCAAGCAAUACCCCAAAUGUUACGAGAACUUAUACCUGGAGAUUUAGUAAAAACACAAAGUUCGAAUGAAUGGAAACGUUCGAUAAUUGCAGCGUACAAUCAUGAUGCAGGUAUGAGCCCAGAGGACGCAAAAAUAACAUUUUUAAAAAUCGUCUAUCGAUGGCCGACAUUUGGAUCUGCUUUCUUUGAUGUAAAACAAAGUACUGAACCUGACUAUCCUGAACAACUUUUAAUUGCUAUAAAUAAACAUGGGGUCAGUUUAAUUCAUCCUCAGUCAAAGGAUAUACUAGUGACCCAUCCUUUCACAAGAAUCUCUAAUUGGUCUUCCGGUAACAACUACUUCCAUAUGACAAUAGGCAAUUUAGUUCGCGGUUCUAAGUUACUCUGCGAAACUUCGCUUGGAUAUAAAAUGGAUGAUUUGUUGACUUCUUACAUUUCGCUUAUGCUCACGAAUAUGAAUAAGCAGCGCACGAUACGAAUAAAAUAA